GGAAGGGAGCCAGGUUCCAAGUCCCAACCGUCCAAACCAACCUGCAGGAGCAGAGGGGCAGAAAAGCUCAAGGUCAACUCCUCAAGCUCAAGCAAAGCUGCAGCUUGAUUCAUCCCACUACUGUCUGAUAUUUACAGCCCAAGCGAGGCUAAGCCGCGUAUUAAUAUAAAGACCUGUUUCCCCCUCUUCAGCCCUCCAUCUGCACAUCAUCCUCUUGAACGAAACCAAAAAAUCCUACUACACUACCUCAAAUCAACCAACAAAUCAUCCAACAUGGGUCUCGAGGAUACACUUGAAGAGUUCGCCAACGAUGUCACCGGACAGGGAGGCAGUGACGGCGACAACAACGCCAACAACGCCGAUGGCAGCAACGACAAGACUGUGGACACCUUUGUCGACUCCGCAAUUGACCAAUUCGCCUCCAAGGAGGGUGUCCCCGCCGGCAUGGACCCCGAGAUCAACAACCUCGUCAACGAGGAGAUCAACAAAUUCUAAGCGCGCCUAGCCAGCCUCCUCCUAUCCGGCACAGACCAUAAUGCUGGGGAUCGGUGGGGUCGUGAAUGGGGUAUUGGAUACGCUUAUCGGUGGAUACAUUCAUUUUUUGCACUGGUGGGUUGCUUGCGAAGCGCGGUUAUGCGAGACGUUAGCUAUGUCACUUUG